ACGGCGGCGGCGGCGACGACGACGACGACGGCGAGGAGGGCGGCCGCGGCAGGACAAGGGGCGCCCCGGUCGGUCGGUCGGUCGGUCGGAUUCCCCGGGAGGCGGCAGGAUCCUGACCCCGCUCUACAAUGGAAAAACUGCUCCUGUAUCUGCUGCUCAUUGGCUUCGCGGUGAAGGCGCAGCUCUGUCCGAAGCGCUGCGUGUGCCAGAUCUUGUCUCCCAACCUCGCCACCCUUUGUGCAAAGAAGGGGCUACUCUUUGUGCCCCCCAACAUCGACAGGAGGACAGUCGAGCUGCGGCUGGCGGACAACUUCGUCACGAACAUCAAGCGGAAGGAUUUCGCCAACAUGACCAGCUUGGUGGACCUGACGCUCUCUCGGAAUACCAUUAGCUUCAUCACGCCCCAUGCGUUCGCGGACCUGCGCAACCUGAGGGCCCUGCACUUGAACAGCAACCGGUUGACUAAGAUCACGCACGACAUGCUCAGCGGGCUCUUAAACCUGCACCACUUGAUCCUGAACAACAACCAGCUGACCUUGAUCUUCUCCACGGCCUUCGACGACGUCUUGGCUCUUGAGGAGCUGGACCUGUCCUACAACAACCUGGAGACCAUUCCCUGGGACGCCGUGGAGAAGAUGGUCAGCUUGCACACCCUCAGCUUGGACCACAACAUGAUCGACAGCAUCCCCAAGGGCACCUUCUCCCACCUCCACAAGAUGACCCGGCUGGACGUCACAUCCAACAAGCUGCACAAGCUGCCGCCCGACCCUCUCUUCCAGCGCGCCCAGGUCUUGGCCACCUCAGGGAUCAUCAGCCCGUCCACGUUCGCGCUGAGCUUCGGCGGGAACCCUCUGCAUUGCAACUGCGAGCUCCUGUGGCUCAGGCGCCUCUCUCGGGAGGACGACCUGGAGACCUGCGCGUCCCCCCCUCUCCUGUCUGGCCGCUAUUUCUGGUCGGUCCCCGAGGAGGAGUUCCUGUGCGAGCCCCCCCUCAUUACGAGGCACACCCACGAGCUGAGGGUGCUGGAGGGCCAGAGGGCCAUCCUGAGGUGCAAGGCCCGCGGCGAUCCGGAGCCUGCGAUUCACUGGAUAUCCCCGGAAGGCAAGCUGAUCUCCAACGCGUCCCGAUCCCUGGUGUACGACAACGGGACCCUUGACAUCCACAUCACCACCAUGAAGGAUACGGGCUCUUUUACCUGCAUCGCUUCCAACCCGGCCGGGGAAGCCACGCAGUCCGUGGAUCUCCACAUCAUCAAACUGCCACACAUAGUGAACAGCACAAACCACAUCCACGAGCCGGACCCAGGUUCCUCUGACAUCUCGACUUCCACCAAGUCUGGUUCAAACACCAGCAGUAGCAACGGGGAAACUAAAAUUAGCCAGGACAAGAAGGUGGUGGUGGCAGAAGCCACGUCGUCCACUGCUCUGCUCAAAUUUAAUUUCCAAAGGAAUAUACCUGGGAUACGUAUGUUCCAAAUUCAGUAUAAUGGGACGUACGAUGACUCACUCGUUUACAGAAUGAUCCCUCCCACGAGCAAGACCUUCCUGGUCAACAACCUGGCCGCGGGGACGGUGUACGACCUGUGCGUCUUGGCGAUCUAUGACGACGGCAUCACCUCCUUGACCGCCACCCGCGUGGUGGGUUGCAUCCAGUUCACCACGGAGCAGGAUUACGUGCGCUGCCAUUUCAUGCAGUCCCAGUUCCUGGGCGGGACCAUGAUCAUCAUCAUUGGCGGGAUCAUCGUGGCCUCGGUGCUCGUCUUCAUCAUCAUCCUCAUGAUCCGCUACAAGGUGUGUAACAAUGGCGGCCACCCCAAGGUGACCAAGGUCAGCAACGUUUACUCCCAGACCAACGGGGCCCAGGCGCAGGGGUGCAGCGCUGGAGCAGCCCUGCCCCAGUCCGGCUCCAAGCAGGCCGUGGGGCGCGAGGAGAGCCUGCAGUGCUGCAAGGUCAGCCACGAGGGCGCGGCGCAGUCGUCGGACGCCUGCUCCAGCCAGGACUCCUCUUCUGCUACCUCCGCCUUGCCUCACCCGUGGACUCCGGGCCUUUCGGCUUCUCAAAAGCUGAAGCGUAAGCCCGUGCCAAAGCCCAGCAGCGAUCUGCCGCCACCAAGCGAAGGUGCCGCCACCGGCCUCGAGUCCCAGAACACUAACCGCAACAACUCCACCGCCCUGCAAUGGGCUAGCCGGGCCCCGGACUGUGCUAAGGGCGAUGCCCCCGUGCACAACAGAGCACAAGCCAAGCCAAAAGCUGGCAGUCGCCUGAAGAGGCCUCCUGGAAACAUGGCCACACAUGUUUGCACGCGACAAAAGUCCAUUCGAUUUCAGCUCACCAAGGACUGAUAGGGAACAAUUCUGCUGCACCAGCAGGAACCUCACGCCUGAGGCCUGAGGCGGCAUCGAGAACCCCACAGACCCGAGCGAGAUGCUGGAGGAACGGCCUUCCGCCUCUCCUUUGCGGACCCCCGCCAACGCCUCCCGCCUCCUUUCCGUUCUUCAUCCAAACCCUGCCCGGGCGUU